CAUUAGUGGCGGCCACGCUCCUUUCUGCGACUCGUGGAGUUCCACGACUUAACUCUGCAUUGGGCCACAUGCCUCUCUUGCUCCUCUCACGCAAAAAAAACAACCCACCCUUUUACCCCACUCGCUUUCUUUGUCCGCUGGAUUUUUCAGGCACAAACUGCUCUCUCCUUCCCUCUCAAUCAACCUGCUCUCUGCUACGCUCUGUCCUUCGCCUUGCGACCUGUCUUCUCCACCUCGAAAAAUUUUAUUCUUGCACGCUACCAAUGCCGCAGAAAGCUGCCGCACUACUUGGAACUCGCCACAGAGACAAGCAUGCUUCCUCUACUUUCAUUCCUCCCAAAACCUCUUCCUUUACAACACUUCCCAUACCAGUGCGCCGGUGCACUCUCUCCUUCCUAACCCCUCUACGCCACUUCCAACCUAGGGUUUGCCAUGUCGCGCGCCACCGCCCACCGCCAUGACCGCCGCUCCAGUCCGCCACCUGUCGACCCUCCUCCCUACUCACCAGCCGCCGUCCCUGCCCAACGUCGUCACCGAACCACCAAAACAUCAGCCGCCCCUGCUCCCACAUCAGCCCACCCAGAACGCUACGAUGCUCUCUUCCUCCUUGGGAAUCGAAGAACGGGGAUGGCUAAAGUACUUCUUUUCUUUGCCUGCUCCUUUUCACCUACACAAGCUUUUCUACCUAGUAAUUUUGCUCUGCUAUGGAGAGCUUCUCGGCGGAAUCCCAACUCAGCCGCCCUUUACCCUGGCUGCCGUCGUUCUCUGGAAGGGAAUCCCUCCGCUGUUGUCGCUGCCUUCUCUUCUCCCAAUCCUUCUUCCGCUACUAUCCCCACUCAUCCGCUCGACAACACUCACUCGACGGAAUGCUAUCCUCCUCCAUCCCCAAUCUUUUCUUGCUUGAAUACCAGGUCUCCAUCUCUCGCUCUCUCACGACUUUGUAGAAGAUGGCAAGGGCAAUCUUUGUGCAAGAUGAAUAAGAGGAGGAGAUGUUGAAGGGGGAAAAAACCUGGGCUUCCCGUGACGAUGGCAGAGGGAAAAAGAGGCGAUGCCAUCUGAAACAUUACAACGACCGAGGCUGCCGGAGAAGGUCAAGCCUACGGAAGAUGUGGAAGAAGCGGGAAGAGCAGUCUGUAAUAGAUGGAGAAGAUGGAA